AUGGUUAGUACAAAUUCAUCACCAUUAGUUUUGAGUAGUUCUACCUAUUGCUCAUCCUGCAAUACAGAGAGUUAUACACCAUCAAGUUCAAUUAUAACUAUUAGUACAGAUGUUACAAGUUCAUUACCAUUAAUCACGAGUAGUUCGGCCUACAGUUCAUCUAGUAGUGAUACUAUUGAGAGUUCUGCUUAUAUUUCCUAUAACAGUACUGAAGGUUAUACAUCAUCUAGUUUGAUUAUGAGUAGUACAUACGCUACAAGUUCAUUACCAUUAAGCUUUAGUAAUUCUAGCAAUAUUUCCUAUAGCAGUACGGAAGGUUAUACAUCAUCUAGUUUGAUUACAAGCAGUGCAGUUACUACAAUUUCGUCACCAUCAAGUUUGAGUAGUUCAACAUACUGUUCAUCUUGUAACAACGAAAGUUAUACAUCAUCUAGUUUGAUUAUGAGUAGUACAUACGCUACAAGUUCAUUACCAUUAAGCUUUAGUAAUUUUAGCCAUAUUUCCUAUAGCAGUACUGAAGGCUAUACAUCAUCUAGUUUGAUUACAAGCAGUGCAGUUACUACAAUUUCGUCACCAUCAAGUUUGAGUAGUUCAACAUACUGUUCAUCUUGUAACACAGAAAGUUAUACAUCAUCUAGUUUAAUCAUGAGCAGUACAAAUGUUACGAAAUCAUUACCAUUAAGUUUGACUAGUUCCACUUAUAACACAUUCACUAAUAGUAAAGAUGUACCAAGAUCAAGUUCUGUUUUGAGUGGUAAUAUCGUUACAAAUUCAUUGUCAUUUACACCUAAUAGUUUUACUUUCAGUGCUUCUUCUGCAAUUCCAAUCAUUACGAUUACAGUUACAAGUAUUAGCACCGUUACAGAUUCUGCAACGACAUAUAUUACUUAUGUUACAUAUACUAGUACAGAAUCUACUUUCGGUAAAAAUAAUGGGAAUGAUUAUACUACUACUACUACUAUUACACCAAGUUUGUCAAGUAAUAACAUUCUUUCGAGUACUGAUAGUGUUACGACAACAACUUUUAAAAAUGGUGCAGUUACUUCUACUAUUAUUAAUUCCAAGAACACAAAUGUCGAGACUAAUAAUACUAAGAGCAAUGAGGGCACUACAAUUAUUGAUAAUGGCACUCCUGUGUACUCUGUUACAACCGAAACAAAUAGCAUGGACUUUACCACUAAGACUACGCCUGCUACUAUCGAAACGACUACAGAUACUUUGAGCACUACUUCAAGUACCAGAGAAUAUACCGCUACCAUUACUACCGAUAAUAACAACAAUAUUAGUGAAACCCAACACACAUCCAAAACAUCCGAUACUGAUAACAUUGUUACAACGUUAACUACUGCUAAUACCGAUGCCACUACUAUCACACCAAUUAUUUCUACGCAACCAGUUACGACAUCAUCCAGUAGUGCAACUAUUAACAGUAGUGCUUAUUCAUUUUCCAUUUAUACAGCUGGUGUUCGCAAAAACACACCAUCUAUAUCAUUAAGUGUUUUCUUUGUGAUUUUUAUUUCAUUUUUUUAA